AUGUCGUCGCCGUCAGCCUACCUAGCCCAACAGCAUCCAGAGUCAGAUCCUACCGCCCGUUCCCUUCCCUAUUUCCGCCGGGUAACUAGUUCGCAACGCUCGCAUUCCCCUCCACCGCAGGACCGGAAACCGAUCCGCAGUGUCAUCAAAAAUGUCUUGUGUUUUCCUAUCUGUGGGAAGAAGAAAACCAGUAGCGGAGAAGAAAAAGAAGACGAGAAAGCGGAGGCAGAGAGGUUAGAGGCUAAGUUACUUGAGCUCGAUUCGAUUAUCAGUAGCGAGGAGCAGACGAAAGCGCCGGAGGGUGACAAGCUGCCGAUUUUCACCAGGUUAAGAGAUUGGACAGAGCAUCAAAGGGGGGAGGAGGAGGAGGCAGAUAAAAGAACGAGGAAGAAGGAGGGAAAAGACGAAAAGGGGGGUGGGUUGCCGUUGAGGUCGGUGUCUGUGCCUGUGCCUGUGCCUGCGCCUGUGCCGGUGGAUCCACUGAUUUCAGAUCUUCCGAAAGAACGGCGGAGGAGGAGGAGAUCCGAGGAAUAUUUACCUAAGCCCACAAGGGAUAACUGGGGAUCGAGGACAGAGAGAAAAAAGGAGAGUCCGGUUUUUCAAGAUACUCCCUUUUCAGCGGGGAAACCGGACCUUCCCCUACCACAGACGCGGUCGACGAUUCCGAUCAAUUUCAGUAGACUGAAUAUUCCCAUAAGAGAAACUACAGCCAAGAGCCCUGCUUAUUCCGAUCCGCGAACAGGGAAUCAGGAUAAUGCAAAGACCUCCAGGAAGAUACGACCGAUAGUGCCACCAAAGUCCCCAGCCCACGCUGGGAAUUAUGGUUAUGAUGCAGUUCCCGUCCGAGAACACAAUAGAAAACGAGAUUCCUUCUUUUCGGUAGACUUUCGGACACUGGAGAAGGCCCUACCGAUGGCGCUGAGGCCAGGGUUUCAUGAUAAUGAUUCGGACCCUCCAAGGAAACACGCGAACCCUCCAAGGAAAGCGAAACAGGACGAACCUUCACAUCAUCAUCAUCAUCAUCGUCAUCAUACACGUGAACAUGGUAAACACGGCCAUCAUCACCAUAGUUCACAUAGGGUUCUGAAAGACGAGAUGAGGCGGAGGAAAGAUCCGACUCCGGGUUCUCUACCUGUGGAGGUUGAAAGCGGGGCAGGGAGAAGACAUGGUCACAAAUACUGUAAGAGACAUCGUCAUGGGCAUCGAUGCCGACAGCAUCGUUUAAAAGAAGAAGGAGAAGUAAAAGAAGAAGUGAUAUUGCAUGCCUCCGUGAUGCCUCGGGUAGUAUGGGGUGGGUACUACGAAGAACCUAUGGUAUGGCAGCGGUAUGACUUUACGUGA